UGUUGUUUCAGCGUGAAUCAGUGACCUAGAAGUAAAUAUUCAGCAUGGAAACUAAUGAUGUUAAAACAUUUCAUCAAUGUGUUGUAUGUGAUGAGAUUUUUCAACAACUAGAUGAUUUAAAAAAACACAAUACAAUACAUGUUAAAGAAGAGAAAACUGAUGAUGUUGAUGAAUAUUGUCAUGUUAAAGAAGCAAAAACUGAUGAUGUAGAUGAAUAUUGUCAUGUUAAAGAAGAGAAAACUGAAGAUAUUGAAACAGUUUAUCAGUGUAAUUUAUGUGAUGAAGAAUUUAAAUCAGAUACUGAUUUAGAGACACAUUGUAAAAUACAUGAUGAAGAAAAGUUGAAAGCUGAUAAUGGUAGUGAUAUAGACCUACAAUCAGCUGACUGUCAGGGUAUUGAUGUAGGCCUACAAUCAGCUGACAGUCAGGGUAUUGAUGUAGGCCUACAACCAGCUGACAGUCAUGGUAUUGAUCAAGGCCUACAAUCAGUCGACAGUCAUGCUUUAGCAAAACGCUAUAAAUGUGAUGUUUGUAGUAAAUCAUUUACCCAUAGUAGUACUCUACAAUCACACAUUAGAAUUCAUACAGGUGAAAAGCCAUAUCAGUGUGAUUUUUGCAGUAAAUCAUUUACUAUUCAUUGUACUUUACAAAGACACAUCAGAACCCAUACAGGUGUAAAACCUUAUAAAUGUGAUGUUUGUAGUAAAUCAUUUGCACAGACUGUUGAUCUACAGAGACACGUAAGAAUUCACACCGGUGAAAAACCUUAUAAAUGUGAUGUUUGUAGUGAAUCAUUUUCUAGAAGUGGCAGCCUAAAUGGCCACAAGAGGGCCCAUAGUGGGGAGAAACCUUUUGAGUGUGGAGUUUGUAGCAAAUUAUUCACUAGAGUUAGCUAUUUAAAAAAACACAUGAGAUACCAUACUGACGAAAAACCUUACGAAUGUGGUAUUUGUAAUAAAUCGUUUUUUAGAAGUUGCAAUUUAAAGGAACACAUGAUAACUCAUACUAGGGAGAAACCCUUUAGAUGUGAUGUUUGUGGUAUAUCAUUUUCAAGACCUGGCACUCUAAAAGCACAUAGUAGGAGAAUUCAUAUAAAAGAGGAAACCAUAUAAAUGUGAUGUUUGCGGUAAAUCAUUUGUUGAGCGUCGUGAUCUACAGAGCCACAUGAGAACUCAUAGUCAACCUUUAUAAAUGAAAUGAAAUGAAAUGGAGUUUAACGUCCUACUGUUCUGUUCCUAUACUGGGCUAAUGAAGACGGGCAUACGCCAUACAGUGUGCUACGAGGCACUAUCGCCUACUCUUAUGUCGAAUUCCAACUGCCAAGGGAUCUUUUACAUGCAUUCCAAUGUAUACACGGGACCUCGGUUUUCCAUCUCAUCCGAAGGACUAGACUGUCAAGUGGACUUUAAACCCCAUUUCUCUCUCUCUCCGAAGGACUAGACAGCUGUCCUUGUCAGGCCCUCCGUCCUGCAUCACUGACAAGGGGAAACCACGCCGGAAAAUCUGGAUGAACUUUCUCGGCCAAUGCAGGGAUCGAACACCCGACCUCCAGGCUAGCGAGCCAGCGUCUUACCCACUUAGCCACCAUGGCCCCCUUUAUAAAUGAAACAUAUGUUGUAAUUUACAAGGGGGGUUGGAUGGCCGAAUGGUUAGCACAUGCGCGCUGUAUCAUAUGGCCUGUCAUUGAGUCAACUGGCGGGGUUUCGAUUCCUCGGUUGUACGUGACAAGGAGUAGGGUCGCCUGUCCAACCUCGUGGGUUUUCUCCAGGUCCUCCGGUUUCUUCCCACUGCUAAAGACCCCACGCACAAGUGAAUUAUUGAAAUAAAAUUGAACCCUGUGUUAGUCCCGAAAUGACCUAGUUUGUGUCGAGUGGACGUUAAACCUCAUUUCUCUCUCUCUCUGUAAUUUACAAUGGUUAUCAAAUUAAAAACAUAUUCCUGAGACCCCCCCCACACACACACACACAACAACACUUGUCUGGAAUCUACUGCGAAACAGCAUCCAUCAUUGUAAACCAUUUACCAUGUUAAAUAUGAACACACAGGUGAAUACAUACUGUAUACUACAGGUGAAUAUAUAAACACACCUGUAUACUUCAGGUGAAUAUAUAAACAUAGGCCUACCUGUAUACUACAGGUGAAUAUAUAAACAUACUGUAUACUACAGGUGAAUAUAUAAGCACACCUGUAUACAACAGGUGAAGAUAAAUAUACCUGUAUACUACAGGUGAAUAUAUAAAUAUAUUGUAUACGCAAAUUGUGAGAAAGUGAAAAUAAAUUGUGCCAGCACUAAUAGGGGUAGCUCGAACUGUGGAAUUACAUGGGCCAGGGGGCGUUGGGCUACCGCCUCCCGGUUUCCCAGUUAUACUACUAUCAACCCUUGCAGCACUGGGUCAUCCGCUAGCUGCAAUUUACAGCCCUGAUAAUUCUUAUAUAUAAGUGCCAUUGAUACACUAUUCAAGGCUUGGUGCAAGUAAAAUUAGGUUCAAUUGCAAUAUUUUCAACACAUAUAAUAAUAAUAAUAAUAUCAUCAUUUAUAAAGCGUGUUAAUAUUGACCAGUUAUUAUAAUAAUAAUAAUAAUAAUAAUAAUAUCAUCAUUUAUAAAGCGCGUUAAUACUGAAGAAAACAGUUUCUAAGGCGCUGUUGGUUUUUAUAUUCACUGAUUAUUUACAGAUCACGGUUUUGAAAUAAGAAUGUUUUGAGUUGAUUGUGGUAGUCUAUUCCAUAGAAAAGGACCAGUAUAAGAAAAGGCACGUUUUCCAAAUUGUAAGUUAAUGGCUGGAGAUUUUAGAUUUUAUCAUCACAAUUUGCAUGGAAAUAAGUAAUUAUGUUACAAAUGACACACGUGAUUCUGGUUUGGCGGCCAUUUUAAAAUGAACAUAAAUUUUGUAUAGCAGUUGGGUUUAAUCAAAUCCUAUAAUUAUAGGGUAAGGUUUCAUCUUUAUUUCAAUGGGAAUUGGUUUAUUAUAUGUUAAGCUAUGUACAAUACAGUUUGGGGUCAGUGUAAUUGGAAAUUAAGGGAGUUAUAGGCCAGAAACAAAACUUUGCUCAAAGGAUGGUCUUAGGACGGUCCACUACUUUGGCUGGAGUAAGACGGAAGGCAUCAGUAGUGUAACCAUUUGUAGGUCAUCCACUAGCUAUGUAACUAAUGCCCCCUCUUUUAAACUAUGAACAUGUUGACUUUUUAAUGUUUUAGAACUAUUUGUUUUACAUUAUGUAUUUUAAUUGUGAAGAGCGUCACAGAGCAGCUGUUAGCUGGAGCCCUCAGCGCUAUACAUAUUUAUUAUUAUUAUUAUUAUUACCAAAACUAUAAUAUCAGACAUGACAUGAUUUACAUGAAUUUAAAAAUAAUUAAAAUGAAUAUAAAAUCUAA